UCCAUCUUUCUGUCCUCUCUCUGGCAGGUCUAUAACCUGACUCAGGAAUUCUUCCAACGAGGUAAACCAGUCAAUGCUGAGAGCCAGAAUAGUGUGGGCGUCUUCACACGGGACGUAGUGCGCAAACGUGUCAAGGCCGAUCCGGAUGACACAGAGGCCGUCAAGAGGCUGAAACUAGCCAUGAUCCAGCAGUACCUUAAGGUAGAGAGUUGUGAGAGCAGCUCCCACAGCAUGGAUGAAGUCUCGCUCAGUGAAUUUGGAGAAUGGACCGAAAUCCCUGGGGCUCAUCACAUCAUUCCUUGUGGUUUCAUUAAAAUCGUGGAGAUUUUGGCCCGCUCCAUUCCCGAGUCUGUCAUUCAGCUCCGCAAACCGGUCAAGUGCAUCCACUGGAACCAAUCGGUCAGCAAGGAGAUUGAGAGGGUGGCUGACCACAACAGUGACCUCCCCGAGGAGGGCAAGGGCUCUGAUGUCUUUGUAGAGUGCGAGGACUGUGAGUUCAUCCCAGCUGACCACGUCAUUGUGACCGUGUCCCUGGGAGUCUUGAAGAAACGUCAUGAGAGCCUCUUUCAUCCCCGCUUGCCCGAGGAGAAGGUGAUGGCCAUUGAGAAACUAGGAAUCAAUACGACUGACAAGAUUUUCCUGGAGUUUGAAGAGCCUUUCUGGAGCUCUGAAUGCAACAGCAUCCAGUUUGUCUGGGAAGAUGAGGCAGAGAGUGAGAGCUUGACGUAUCCUGAGGAGCUGUGGUACAAGAAGAUCUGCGGCUUCGAUGUACUCUACCCACCAGAGAGGUACGGCCAUGUCCUGAGUGGCUGGAUCUGUGGAGAAGAGGCUUUGAUUAUGGAGAAGUGCGAUGAUGAAACUGUGGCAGAAACCUGCACCGAAAUGCUACGUAAAUUUACAGGUCAGCCAUGCUCUGGUUCCUUUGGGGAGUGGAGAAAAGAGGGAGAGUGA